GUGUGUCCUAACAAACAUGACACAGCUUAAGUAAUUUCUUUUUGGUCUACUGGAAUUGUUUCAUUUUGCCAUUCAAGGGAUUCUUGCUGACAACGUGCUAGGAAUCCAGGAGUACACUCUUAGGAGAAAUCAUGAGCUGGACUCAUUAUAAAUGCUAAACUUCUGUCUGCUUGGAGCUACGCCAUCUGAGGAAUCCAAUUAAGAGAUGACCACUGUGGCGAUGGUGGAGAAGGUUUCCAACGUCACUGAGCUUCCAGUAGAAGCUUCUACUGAAGACAUGGCUGCCACCUUCACCAUUGGCACCAUCCUGUCCCUAAUGUGUCUGGUGGGUGUGUCUGGAAAUAUCUACACGCUCGUGGUCAUGUGCCACUCCAUGCGCUCGGCUGCCUCUAUGUACAUCUACAUCAUCAACUUGGCACUAGCUGAUCUGCUUUACUUACUCACGAUUCCAUUUGUGGUGUGCACACAUUUCCUGAAGGGUUGGUAUUUCGGAGAUGCCGGAUGUCGGAUCCUCAUCAGCAUGGACUUCCUUACAAUGCAUGCAAGCAUUUUCACCCUUACUGUCAUGAGCACAGAACGUUACUUUGCCGUCCUCAAACCUCUGGAUACAGUCAAACGCUCUAAGAGUUACCGAAAAGCAAUCGCCCUCUUGGUGUGGACGGCCUCAUUGAUUCUCACCUUACCCAUGAUCAUCAGUGUCCAGCUGAUGACGGAAAGCUCCAAGCCAAUGUGCCAACCCACCCUGAGCCCUCUCUCAUAUAAAGUCUACAUCUCCUUUCUCUUUGGCACCAGCAUUGUAGCUCCAGGGGUGAUAAUCGGGUACCUGUACAUACGCCUGGCACGAACCUACUGGAUUUCCCAAACUGAGAAUUUCAAGCAGACCAAGAAGCUCCCCAACCAGAAGGUCCUGUAUCUGAUCUUCACUAUUGUGCUCCUGUUCUGGGCCUGCUUCCUGCCUUUCUGGAUCUGGCAGCUUCUAGGUCAGUUUCAGCCCGAGCUGGAUCUCUCCACCAAGGCCAAGCGCAACAUUAACUAUCUGACCACCUGUCUGACCUACAGCAACAGUUGCAUCAAUCCAUUCCUCUACACCCUGCUCACCAAGAACUACCAGGAGUACCUCCGUAAAAGACAGAGGACGUGGACAGCUGGCAGCUACCUCAACCGACGGAGCCGCUUCCAGCGGUCUCCCCGUCGCUCCUUGUCCUCCAGCAGUCAGCACUGCACAGAGAGCUUUGUACUCGCUCACACUUCUCGCACCAACAACAGUAGCCUCUGAGAGCGCUACUGAGAGAGGAAAUCAGUCAGCACAGCAAUGAAACAAUUCUUCUGAGGUCUUUCCUCUUGGGUGGAUUUUGACAAUCUGUCUUUGGAGGGCCACAUGACCCAUGUUUAGGAAGUGAUGGACAUUGCCAGAAAGAAGACCUGUGUGUCCCUGCAGCUCUAAAAAUAACCUGUCCUCUACAACAACCUCUGCACACAGUACUGCAAUGUCUCUAUUUGGUGCAGACACUAAAUCAA